AUGUUGCUGCUUAAAUGUACUGAAGGUAUCGAGGCGGUCGACCGAGUAAUCAUUCAACACGGAAAGUGGUUUGACCUCAACCAUAGAUCAUACUUUGAAAGAAGGCGAUUCUUUUUCGAAUCCGCGCCCGGGCUAAAACCUACUCGCCAUCAGAAGUUGAUGAAUAAUGACGAUUACCGGCUUUGGUGUUACUAUGUAGAUUAUGGUUAUCACGAGGAGGUAGAUGUCGGAGAUUUGUAUUUUCCACCUAAAUUCGCCUUUCAGUGCCCAGCGACCGCCCUACCGAUUCUCAUGGCUGAUAUUGAAAUCAAAGACGAUCAAGAACUAGCGAUGGCGAGCAAGUUUUGUAGCGACAUAAACUGGAGCGUCUGUCAUAGAUAUUCGUAUCUAUUGGGCUUUGUAACAGAUAAUAGAAGUGAUCCUGAUGAAUAUCCGGUGUUCCACAUUAAACUUUUAAAGGAAACACUCGUCGACGAAGAAGGCAAUGAUUCCGUUCCGAUCGGACUUUUUUCACGGUUAGAUGCCGUUAGAGGGGGAAUGAAUGGAUGCGAGCCUUACUUUGCGGAGGACUACACCAACUAUAGGAUAGCGUCUUUUUCGAAGAAAUAUGACUACACUUGUCAUCCAAGACAAAGACGCUGA